AUGGCGCAACCGAACUCACAAGCACCUCGAAACCACGCUGGCAACGGCCAGAAGAAACGAAGAGAACACCCAACGGACGCGAAGAAUGACUCGCACAAACGAGCGAAGACAGAUCAUCGAGCCAAGCAACGUGAUGCACGUACCCUGUCUGCUCAGACCUCUUCCAAAGCAUUCAGGAACGGCGAGUUGGAUGUGGACAAGUUCGUGAAAUCGCGCGAGUACGAGAUCCGAGCGCUGGAGGAGGGUAUGGCGAGGAGCAAGAAAGCUUUGACAACGCGAGCCUUUCAGCAUGUCCCGAAAGAGCUGAGGAGACGGACGGCGAGCCACAAUGUGAAGCGUGUUCCGAAGCGGCUGCAGCCCAGGGCAAAGAGGGAGAUGAUUGAGGACAAUACGCCUACCGUCACAGCCCGUAAGAGGAAACCCACGAGGCACAUGCGACUCAGAUUGGAAACGGCCAAGCAGCUCCGGGCGCUAGGUACUCAAAAGAAGCGGUCUGAAGAGACCAAGAAGAAGCGGGAUGGCGAGAAGAGCGUUCAUGGGUCGCAGUCGGUCAGCUCAAAUGCACCGGGCAGAGGACAGCCCAGUCUACACACGCGUAUCUCUAAAGUGAAGAAAGUGGUGCCCGCAUUUCCCCCACUCGCAAAAGCCAAGUUUCGAAAACGACAGAUUCACAAGACCUGGCUACCCACGCAUAUGUUUCACGCCAAGCGGGCUCGCAUGACAGAGCCCAAGGAUCCGCUCUGGCGCUUCGCGAUACCGCUCACGCCCACAGCAAAGAGCUACAGACCAACUCACAGAGCCGCCAACGAUCGAGGUGCAGUUGCUUGGGAUGCAAGUUACAUGUCGACUAUUGGUCUCGAGGGCCAGCAAAGGAGCAUUGUAGGUAUGCUCAAAGGCCUAGGCGUGGGAUCCUAUCAUCCGAACUUGUGGCAAGCCAACGGCGAGAAAUGGAGAAACGGUACUCGCGUAUGGGAGGGGUUUGCCUUCGAGCGGGAAGCACCUCACAGACCUGUUGCUCCUGUUACGGUCAUCUGGUGCGUGCCAGACAACAAGCUAGCAGAAGCCGAGAACCGCCAGAGAAAGGCUUUCGUGAGAGUGCACCCAUCUGCAUUUUGGCAAAUCUGGGAGGAACUCGUUCGCCUUGCGAAAGUGAUAAAGCCACAGGCCAGCGUCCAAGAUCUUCGCUUCGAGAUUGGAAGCAUUGAGAUCACAGGACCAGCGGCAACGGAAGCACUGCAAGCGGCGUUGUGGCCGACCUCGAAGCAAGACAGCCCGGACGCGAAGGGCUUUCAAAGCGUGGAAAGAUUGUGGACCGCAUUGGACAGCCUGGUAAACCCUGACAUGCUACCUCCAGAUGUUUUGUUGGGCUUUGAAGUCCAAGAUCCUCGACUCCAUCACCCGCCUCGCAAGGUCGUACCGCGAGCGUCUGAAUAUGAACAGGAUCAGCUCCUUGAGCUGCUUGCUUCCUGGCCGUUCGACGCAGCACAACGACCUCCCACCAUCUUCGAUCGUCGCACUCGUCUGGCCGCUUCGUCCUCAUUGCCAAGCCAGAAAGCCAUCAACCGAAGAAAAUCUCUUGCCCCACCUGGUGAAUACCCUGCACCGUCCUCGAAAGAUCCUAGAAUCCCAAUUCUCCUGUACCGUACUUCUGAGAGGAGUCAUUCGCGGAGUACAUGCAGUCUGCUCCUGCCCUGGAAAUGCGUUCAAGCGGUGUGGUACAGUUUGAUGUACUGCCCGCUGUCUACGGGUGGGCAGCCACGGUUCGGGGGACUCGAUGAGAGGCGACAACUGGCUUUUGAGAUCCAGCAGCCGUGGUUUCCCGCCGAUUUUCCGGGAACUGAAGCCGGUUGGCAAUGGGAAAUGAAUGAGCGUAAAAAGCGCGAGGGUGAAUGGAAGCGUAGACCCAAGUCUAAGCGCAUCAAUUGGCAAUCCGUCGAUACUGGAUCUGGAAGAAAGGGUGAAGUUGGCACAGGAUGGGCCUGCGAUUGGGAGAAGUUGAUGUCUGAACCAAGCUCAGAAGCCAACCUUAGCGGGAAGACAGCUCGCGACGCAGAAACGCGAGCAGGUACUCUGCAACCAGCAGACAUGAUGCAUCUUCCGGGACUUCAAGCUCGAACUGUCCUUGUCGGCCAAAUUCGCUUUCACGAGGAUGGGAAUGCGCAGCGCACACUCGUUACGGUUCGCAUCAAGCUACUCACGCGUGGGGUUCCGCAGACCUGUGCGCGAAUCUACCGCCUUCCUUCCGCCAAAGGAUCUAGCCAGCUACGCAGACGUUGGUUGACUCUACAUCCGAGAGAGCAGGCUACAAGACGCCGAGGGCCCAAGAACGGAUUGCCCAAAUUGCCCAAGGAUGCACCAGACCACCUUGUGCAACGCCGGCUUGCUCAGUCUCUGCUCAAUCCACCUCAGGUGGGACACAAUGACUACCCAGGCUCUCCCGGUGAAGAAGAUCUGAUUGGAUUCGUCACCACUGGCAACUACAAUCUCGGAGAAGGGCAAGGGACGGGCAUUGGUAGCAUUGUGCUGAGCAAGGUGCUGAAGGAUGUUAGCGACAAUGAGAAGGACAGCAAUCUUUGCAUAGUGAGGAACUCGGGCGAUAGCGCAGGGAGGCUCGCGAUCUGGGAGGUUGCUUGA